GGAAUUUAGAAUUAAUGUUUGACUUCCGGUGAAAUUCAAUAGGUCGCGCUACUAAAGAUUUACACAAUGCAGCAAUUUUCCAGGUCUCUUUAGAUGGAUCAGAAAAAUGUCUGUAGAACUUCGAGCUCCAGAACAAUCCAAAUCCAGAAGAAAGAGAAAAUUUUGCACCCCAACACGACGUGUAGAACCAGAUGAACUUGACCUAGCUUCAGAGGAAGAGGAUGUGGAGUCCUACACCUACAUACUGGAUGAUGAUGAGCAGGUGAUAUCUCAAGAUGGCUUCCAAAAUUCCGCUGAUGAGACGACUGACCAUUCCUCAGAUGGAUACACUAAUGGCUCAUCAGAUCUUGGUGAUGAAGUACCAUCAGAAAAUAAUAAUGUAGAAACGUUUAAAGUUAUCUCACAAGAUGCCUUUCCAAUCUCAAACAAUGGUUACAUUGUUCCAACAAAUGGCACUUUGCCCCCAGGCAUGCACCUCGUUUUUGUUCCAGACAGUGCCAAGGAAGAGUUCAUUAAGAAAUCAGCACUGUGUUAUGAUAGGUACGACCGAGGCCUAUCUAAAGAUUCCAAACCUCUUCAGAUACAGCCAGUCAAUGGAAUGAAUGGGUUUGUGAUGACCAAAUCUGAUCCACUGAACAAAGUGCCUUACGAUGGCUUAGGUGCUGAGAACACUGGAAAACUGAACAUUCAGUUAGCUAAAGGAGAAAAUGCCUGCAUUUCAAUGAAUCCGGAGUACUAUGACAAUCAAGGCAACCUUAAUACGGACAUAGCUGCAGCUCUGACAGGGAUGGCCAGUAACUAUGCAUCUAAUGAAGAAGAAGAAGAAGAAGAAGAAGGCAGUGUAACAAUUACUUGUCGUUCAAACGAGGAGGCAAAGAAUAUUAACACAAUGAUCAAAAAGCAUUGUAAAUUUGAGUGCAAUCGAUGUGAUAAGAGAUUUAAAAGACAGUUCGACCUCAAUGCUCACAUGCGCUCCCAUGAUGGACAAGAGCCAUUUUCAUGUUCCCAGUGUGGACAGAAGUUCAAUUACCUGCACUUGUACAGAAAGCACAUGAACCAGCAUAACGCGGAGGACAAGGGCACAGAAUGCCAAGAAUGCGGCCUCAAAAUACGCUUCAAGAGCCACGUCAAAGUCCAUAUGAGAACUCAUACGGGAGAGAAACCUUACAAGUGUGGCGUCUGUGGGAGAGCGUUCGCACAGAGCUGUAUACUCACAACUCAUAUGAGAACACACACAGGUGAAAAGCCGUACACCUGUGACGAAUGUGGUAAAGGUUUUGGACAGGCAAGUACACUCAAGAUUCACAAGCGAACACAUUCGGGAGAUCGCCCUUACAAGUGCACCAUGUGUGACAAGGCAUUCAACCAAAGUGGCCAUUUAAAUCUACAUAUCAGAACUCACACAGGACACAAACCAUUUAAGUGUGAACUCUGUGGCAAUAUGUUCAAUCAGCGAUGUCAUUUACGUUUGCAUAUGAAACGCCACACUGGGGAACGUCCAUUCAGAUGUGAACAGUGUGGCAAAGUUUUUAUACAAAACUGCGAACUUGUCAAUCACAUGCAAACACACUGUGAAGAAAACCAAACCUUUAAAUGCCGUGUUUGCGACAUGGAAUUUACUCAGAGAGAUCAAUUCAAUGUGCACUUAAGGUCUCAUCCUAGGGUUCUUGAAGAUGUUAAGCCUUUCAUGUGUAAUGUAUGUGGCAAUGCUUAUGCCAAACAAUUCGAUCUUUUCCUCCAUAUGAAAACUCACCAAGACAAGGCUUUUGAGUGUAAUAUCUGUGGUAAAGCUUAUGCCACUCAUGCAAUUCUAAGAAUGCACAUGAAAAAUCACAAAAAUUCAAAAUUUGAAUGCAUUAUAUGUGGCAAAUCAUAUAAGGAAAAAUCAGAUUUAGAACAACACAUCAAAAAUCACCCACAGUAUGAUUUAGACCCAGAAGCACAGUGAAAAUCUCUGAGACUUAAUUAAAGUAAAUCAGACUUUUAGAUCACCUUAGUCACUUGGGUUGACCUAUUGCUAUUGGUCUGUGACUGUUGUCGUGUGUCAUCUGUCGUGUGUUAUCAAUUGAAUAUUUUUAUCUUCUUGAUAACUGCCCUUCGAAUUCUUUUCAAAUUUGUUAUGAAGCAUCUUUGGACAAGGGGGACAGAAAUGAUAAAUUUUUGGACUCCUGCAUCCCUGGUGUCAUAGGAGUGGGGCAAAAUCUGCCACAAAUUGACCAAGUUUCCAAAAUCUUCUCUACAACCACACAUCUGUAAGAAAAUUCUAAAGUAAAUGCAUAGUCAUGUAGAACAGGAAGUGAAGGACUCUAUGAACAUUUUAAAUUUCUUGAUCCCCGGAGCAGAGAUUCUGACUGCAGGUCAGGGCCAAACUUUGCAUAUAGUGUUUAAGUGUAAAACUUUUGAAUCACAUAUUCUUUAUUACUAUUGAUACUUAAUUGAAACUAAAUGGAUAUUUAGAAGGAGCCCUUUACCAAAUUUGUAAUUUUCAUGAUUCAGGGGGGUAGGGAAUUUUGGAACAAAGUUGUGGCCAAAAUUAAAUGCCUUUAUUAUUUGAAAGACUUCUUCUUUGCUGAUACUAAAGAAAUACUAAUUGCAUAUUUGGUAAAAGCAGAAAUUGUGAAUUUUGCAACCCCAGGGUUCUGACUCUAGUUGAUAUAACAUAUACUAUGUAAAGUCUUUCAUUAAGAUGGGCACUUUCGGGAACUUUUGUGUUUUAAGAACACAUCUUGUUUGGUACUGAAUAUUAGAAUUUAGCUUAGAUAUGCAAAACAGAAAAUUAUUAUAGAUUUCAUAACUCUUGAAGCUAGUGAUACUUUGACUAUUAAUACUCAGGUGACCAAUAAGGCCAUUGGGCCUCUUGUUAUUAAUUCCAAUAGCCAUUAUUGAAAGACAUUCAUCGACACAAAAAUCAAGCAAGUUGUGAUAGGUCCCUACUUGAUUAUAGUUUUAUAGGAUCAAUUCUAUUUUGAGCAACACUGAACACCAUGUUUUUAUGCAAUUAUCAUGAAGUUUUAUUCUAAGUGUAGUUUUAUAUUUUCUUGAGCUGUUUUAGAUUUGAAAGUGGUAUGCAGGGAAAGAGUUAUAUAGUUAUGUAAUGAAAAUGACAAUUUGCAAAGGAAUGAUGCCCCCCCCCCCCCCCCCCCCCCCCUUAAGAAAUGAAUGAUAAUCAAUGUUUUAUGUGAUUGUGUAUAUUGUAGUUUAGAUUAUUUUCUUUAGAAUUCCAAUUAUUUUGUGACUAUUUGUUCAUAAUAAACAUAUCAAAAUUAAUUUGUGAACGUCAAUAUGCGUGCACCUCCUGUUUGUGAAGAGGAUGUUUUGUUCAGAUGAACACAAUGAGUUCAGGAUAUUCCUUUUUGUUUGAUGGGAAUGUUCAUAAUACUGUACUUGUUUUUAUCAAUUUUAGUUUUUGAAAAGACAAAGUAACAAUUAUACUGUUUUUAGUCUAUGCACUUCAAUUUUAUCUAUGCAUCUCAUAUGUUUCUAUACAUAGACCAUUGUGUGUAUCUGAAUUUUAUAACGAAUGCUUUUACUUAGUUUUAGUAUGUUUUGUGUUUGAUCUAGUUUGAAUUCUUUACAUACUUCUCGUGUGUAUUUUUUAGAGGUCUUGUUACUAAAUAUAUACUUUGAUUUUGUAUCCAACAACUUCAUACAUAUGAAUGAAUGAUAUUUGCAGAUUAAUGGCAUGCUAUGUGAUGGCCAUUAUUUGUUCACUGAUGUUAGCUUGAAAUAAUGAGUUGUAUAGUGUUCAUAUUUUUAGAGAAUUAUCUUGUUUUGUGUUAAAUACCAUAAAAGAAAUGAAACUUUUAUCAUGUUUAUCAAGUUUAUAUUUUUGUAGUUUUGUUGCACAUAUUUCUUGUUUGAAAUAAUCCAAUGAAGUGAACAAAAUGAAAUGGCAAAUUUAUUUGUUCUAAAUAUUCUGUUACAAAUUCGCUCAAUUUGAUAACUCGAAACAUUCCUGUAAGAUUUGAUGUAAUGGGAAAAUGAUUUGUGUGAUAUGUAUAUAAGUAAUUUGCAUUUUCUCUAACAUUUCGAAAAAAGGUUGUGUGCAUUUUUCUUUAACGAAAAAGCAUUAAAUUUACGCCAGUUUUGUAGUGAUUUUAAUUGAAAGUAUUCUAUAUUUUUGUAAAUUGUAUAUUAAAAUUUACAUUCCAAAUAUUUUUAUGUUACAUUCCAAUAAUUCAAUAAAUUAGACUGUAUUCAGA